AUGCUUUCAAUUCAGGCUGACGCCGUCCUCAUCGAGGCGGAUCCAUACUUCUUCUCUACGAAUCGAGCGCGUACCUGCCACACCUGGUCUUCUUUUUGCCAAAUAGCAACAUGGAUAGCAUCGGAACACGAGGACGGUUUCCCCAGCGAUCGAACCAACACAACACUGAUGUUCACAGGACCCGCGACUUGUUCGCCGCGGAAAUGUUUUGGUACGGAUGUCUACCUAAAUAACCGUUUCAGCUCGUUCUUUACCAAUAAAUCUACAUGUUCAGGUCCUGUAUAG